AUUUCUAUGCGAAGUGGUGUACUCUGAGAGCUUGAUCAACCACGACGUUGUUUUAGUCUGACUGCUGAGUUCGUCUUUUUGGUACUUCUCUCUAUUGGGUGGUGGAUUUGAGAUUCUUUGCUUUUUUUUCAUGGGUAUGGAGCACCUUCCUGUUGAAGUCAUAGGGAACAUACUUUCCCGGCUUGGAGCGGCCCGAGAUAUUGUAAUAGCCUCUGCAACUUGUCGGAAAUGGCGAGAAGCCUUCUGCUAUCACCUUCACACUCUUUCAUUCAAUUCAAAAGAUUGGCCCUUGUACCAUGAUCUCACUACCAGUCAAUUAGAAAUCCUUACAACUGAAACAAUAUUCCAAACCACGGGGUUACAGGGUCUAUCAAUUUUAAUGGACGAGGUUGAUGAGUUUUCGGCUUCCAUGGUUAUUGCUUGGCUUAUGCAUACCAGGGAGACUUUGCGCAACUUGUGGUAUAAUGUUCGAACUACACCGAAUGUCAAUAUUCUUGAAAUAUGUGGGAGGCAGAAGCUUGAAACGUUGUUCUUGGGCCAUAAUUUGAUCAUGGGGGUUGAACCCAAUUACCAGAGAUUCUCUUGCCUGAAAUCCCUAUCUCUGAGUUCUGUCAGUAUUUCGGCUUUGGAUAUGAGUCUUUUGCUCACUGCCUGCCCAAAAAUUGAGAUUUUGAACCUUGUCAAUCUAGAGAUAGCAAUGUCAGAUACACAGGUUGCGGUUGAACUGCGCAGUCCCACAUUAAAGAGUAUUUAUGUUGAAGAAAUCAGUUUGGAUAAGUUCAUAUUGGAGGCUGAUGGUCUUGAGCAUUUGCAUUUGAAAGAGUGCGUCCUUGAGCUAUUUGAACUGGUUGGUAAGGGUACUUUGAAGCAGUGCAAGAUUGAUGAUGUUAGUUUUAUACACUUUGAUAUUGGUGAGAGUCUUGAAAAUCUUGAGGUUGUAGAUAUCAACAACUUCACAAUCAUUUGGCCAAAGUUCUACAAGAUGAUAUCAAGAUCAUCAAAAUUGAGAAGGUUACGGCUUUGGGAUGUGUUCUUUGACAACGAGGAUGAGAUUUUGGAUUUGGAAACAAUUGCUGUUUGCUUCCCACAGCUAAGCUAUCUUUCUUUGCGCUAUGACUUAAGAGAUAGAGUGCUUCAUUAUGGUUUACAGGGCUCUUCUCAUUUGGAGAAUGUGAUUGAGAUGGAGCUUGGAUGGACUGAUAUCAAUGAGCUCUUCUUAGAUUGGGCUGAGGGGUUACUUCAACGAUGCCCAAAUCUUAGGAAGUUGGUCAUUCAUGAAGUUAUUUUGGAGAUCAAAACCCAUGAAGAAUACCAGAUGUUGGGCAACUUUACAUCAUCAAUUGUACAGCUUAUGAGGAAAUAUAUGCACGUAGAGGUUCAGUUCUACUAUGAGUAGAAACUGUAUGAAAUGUCUUGUUGAAAAUUCAAGUUUUGGUUCAGUAUAAAUUGUACAAGCACUUAGGCAGGGUACACGUAAGGGAAGUGUCAUCCAGUUGAGAUUGGAUGAUGAAAGAGCAUUCAAACUUACAUGGUGGCCAUCAACAAAGCAUGUAUGAAGUUUUGGUAAUUGUAAUUAGGUUUAGCAAAGGUGGAGCAGAGCCAUCAUUUUCUUUGGGUGGUGGAAUACGAUAACAGCAACAGCUCUAGUAAGUUUCUGCUUGAAUGAAUUUGAUUGCAGUAUUGAUCAUUGCAGUUCUCUAUUAGUCAACUUUUGACCUUUAGAUAGAAAGCAGAGUUGUGCUUCUUGUGUAAAGUCAUUGCUCUUAUACCUUAAUGAAUCAAGGAAAAUAUGAAAGUUGGUAAGUCAUAUUUUAAAGCCCAAAUGCUGGGGUAGGGGGAGGUUUUAUACCUUGGGGUGCAUGACAGCUGGUGUUUCUUUUUGAAAGAGUACAUUUAAAAACUGCUGAAUUAAAUGUCACUUCUGUAAAUUAGGUGCCACACUUUUGGUCAUAAAAAAUCUUUGCGGUAGUUGAUGUCCUUAUAAGGCAGUCUUUAUUCAUGUAGUUACAUUGAAGUCACCAAGAGUAAUUGGAACUGAAUUGCAUUUUGGGAAGACAGCUGGGUCUUCAUGUGUGGUGGAAACUAGAUAGACCUUAAAUGGAAUCAAAAUCAUUUUGAAAGAAGGUGUUUAUCCAAUUAACAUGCAAGAUGGGGGAACUAACCUAGUCAAUAUCCUCUCAUAUGCAUGAUUAUCAAAUUGAGGUGGUUGGUAAUUUUCUUUUUUAAUUUCAAAUUUUUAUGAACACUUGUACAAUAUGAUGUGAUGUCAUGACUUGUAUCCAAUGUUGGACUUUUUCAUGCAUAAGGCAUUAGACAUCUCAUUUGAAAAUCAAUUGGCUCCUAGUGAGGUUGAACUAAUUGUCUUUAUUUAGUUCAAGUCACUUUGAAUCCCAAGCCAACAACUUUGGGCAUACUUUCGGGGGCAACAUCAAAUCCCAAGUGCAUCAAAUCUUGGACCAUACUUCUUGAGCCAUCAUUUUCCUGGAAGUAGUAGUGUUGUCAACCUAACAAAUCCCUCCCACAACAUAAUGCUCCUUGAGACUUGAAGGCUUGAGGUGGAUUUGAAACCGCAUGCUAUAUAUAAAAGUUUAGUCAUCUUAUUUGGAAAUCAAUAGGCUGCUAGUGAGGUGAAAUUAAUCCUCUUAAUGAGAUUUGAGUCACAACAAAUCCCAAGCUAACAACCUUGGGCAUUCUUUUGAGGUCAACAUCAAAUCCCAAGUACACCAAAUUUCAAGCGUUACUUCUUGAGCCAUUAUUUUCCUUGGGAGUAGCAGCAUUGUUGCCAAUCUAAAAGAUUUGGUGGGCUUUUGCUCUCUAUUUGAGAGGGGUGAGUCAAGAUGAUUGGUAUAAAUAAUAUUAGUGUUUUGAGAAUCUAAGUCAUGAAUAGUUUAGUUUAUCAAUAUCCAGGUCAAAUUGGUUAAUACAAUGACGUCUAUUUACAAGAGAAGGCCCUUCCUGGAAAAACUAAAGCUAACUCAGAUAUGUUCCACAGGAAGAUUCAUUAUCCAAGCUUUCUCAAUGUUGAUUUUAAGUGCAACUAACACAUGAUUUUGGGUAAAAAAUAUUUGGUCCUAGGAGUCGAUGAUUUAUGACUUAUUGUGUAGCACUCAACUUCUCUUUGGGUAGGAUCAAUGGGGUUGGAGAGGUCUCCUCUUGCAUUUGGACAUUCCCAUGGGUUCCACCCCAACCCAAAUUUUAACUACAUUAAAACUUUGUUUGAAUUGUUAGGAAUAGUUUGAUACUGACUAUAUCCAAAUUGAGAUAAUGGGAUGUUGGUUUCUAUUCUUUUACAAGUUUAUAGGAGUCAUGCACCUAUAUAAAUCCAAAGGAUUGGUGUAUCAUAAGUGGAAGAGUUUUUUUUUUUUUUUUUGAUAGGUAAUCAGAAUCAAUUUAUAAAAGGUAACGCCAGAAAAGCAUUCCAAAGUACACAGGAUGCAUACAAAGAAACACCUCAAGGCAACACAAAAACAAAGAGGGACACCAACUACAACCCCCUUAGCUAGAACCCAACCACUCCACAAAGUCUACAAAGGAAAGAGGACGAGGAACCAUGUGUAGAUUGCACCAAGCCCAAAGAUUACAAACAAAGGAGAAUUUCAACCCUUGAAUUGACUGCCCCUCAUUGCCAAACGCCCUACUAUUUCUUUCCUUCCAAAGUUCUUUUCAUGACGAUGUUCAUGUACUAUUUCAAUUGUCAAUUACCACCAAUACCAAGAAGCCUAAAAUUUUCUAGUUUUUCAUGCUUCUGGUAGGAGCUGUUUGAAGGAUUUAUAGAGGUAAAAAAGGAUUCUGAGAGCCUCAACUUAGUGUACAUUUUUGGGUUUUGGUUCAGGCAUGAUGUGAUUGGGUUAGAAGUUUUAGCAAAAGCUACAUGUGUUGAAGGAAUGGUAUUUACAUUCCUUCUUAGGGGUGUUUCUUUCUUUCUUAUUCUUUUUUCGUUGUGAAUUAAUCCAGAUUGUCAUCCUUGUCACUGUGUGUCUGAUCUUCAGUACAUCACUUUUUAUGCCACCAAUGGAAGUUUUAAAAUCUAAUUGGUCAUAGGAAUUUUGGUUGGUGGUGUCUGUCCUCUUAGAAAAUUUCUUUCCUAUAUGCAAAUUGACACAUGGAGAUUGAAAUAAUGGAAAAAGCAAGUUGGAAGAGGAGUUAUCUCACAUAUUCUGAUGAUAGUGUCUAGGAAAUUGGUAUAUCUGCAUAAUAUGAAGCAUGGGACAGGAAAAUAAAGAUUAUUUUUUUAAAAAGCAACUACCAUGAUUGUAAAAUAAAUAAAUAAAUAAUAAAUAAAAAGAAGGAAGUACUUUCUGUCAUUAUGGUCGAUCAUAGAAUCUGUUAUUGGUAAAGUGUCGAUCUCUUUGUUCUGUUGACAUGACAGUGCUAUUUCCUGUAGUCUUAGUUAUAUGUUUAUCUUAAAGCUUGCAGCUCUAUUUCAGCCCUACACCCUAAUUGUGAGGAUAUCAAAUGAAAAUGAACUCUAUUUGAUCCCAUUUGCUAUUCCUGUGUCUUUGGAUAAUCUUCCGUAGUGUGGGUACCCGUAUAGGGUUUGCAUAUUUACCAGGCUUACAAUUUCAAGAUACCAUUUUAUCCUUUCAACUUUUUUUUUUUGGGUGAAUUUUCUUUUCCUCUAGCUGUGUCAGUUGUAUUUAAAGUAUACAGGUAGAUUUUGGCCAUGGUAACCCAUUUGCUUAAAUUAGAAAUUGCUUGCCUGUGAACAUUGGGAAGGUAUAUGGUGCCUAAUUGAAUUGGACUGUUAUUAUCAUAGUUACCAACUUACCAUGAAUGAAGCUCUCUCUCCUGCAGACAACUUCCACAGUCAAUAGCUCAUGUCGCAAAAGCCAGCUUCAUGCAAAGAAAAGUCUUGCUCCUGUGGUCUGGUUCAGGUGGCAAAGGCUUGGUAAGGGAUUGAACAAAGUAGAAUUCAUUGAACAAAAAAAUUGCCUAUUAAAAAAACUGCUCAGCAUUGGAUGUCUUUUAGUGGAACUUACUAUCUCACUUUUCAACAAUCUUGUUACUGCUGAUUAAUUUCUCUUAUCUCGGAAAAUAUCAGUAGUUUUUACUGUUUAAAUUCUGUUCCUCUGACAUGAUCAGAAUUACAAUAUCUUGGAUUUCCUCAUCUCGUUAUUACUGGAGGUUCUCUUAUCAAAAACAAACAAGAAUUUUUCUUGGCCCUGUGUGAUACAACCAGAAUGACAAUUAAUUGGAUUUGAUCCUCUUCUCAAAGCUGAAGAUUCUCUGUUUAGAAACAAACAAGAACUAUUGUCCCUAAUCAGCCGUGAUCUAUCUUGAGAAUCACAAAGAUGUUUGAGGGUUAAAGUUACUAGUGAAGAAUAGAGAUGGGAAACAUGAAAACAAGUAGUAGCUGUGCAAGUAAGUUGCUUGUUCUAUAUAGUUUUCUAUAGCUACCUACCCUCUGAAUGUUUUUUCGUGGAUGUGGAACCUUUCUCAUUAAGACAGUUCUGGAAGGUAUAAGUUGCACUAUAUUCUAUAAUAUUUCUGUGAAAAAAGCAAAAUUUUCCAUCAUAGUGCAGAAUUUGGGUGAAUUGGCAUUUUUGUCCUUGCGCUAUUUUAAUUGCAUCUUACUAAUCUAAAUGCAAAACCAAAGCAAAAUGUUUAUGGUAGAAUUUUUGGAGAGCAUGAGGCAGGGAUGAGGGCAGACAUAUGUUCUCUGAUUAGGCUAGCUACAACCUUUGGAUGAAGAUGACAACAAUGAAAGCUCACAGAAAAGACAUAUGGUUUACCCCGACUGAGUAGGAUACCGGCUUUGUUGACACUCAUCAACUCAGGGUGCCACCGGUAGCAGUACCUGUGCCAACAGUAAGUGAGCACACUAUGCUUUCUUUAGAAACCAGAGAAAGUUUGCUGGCAUUUAAGAGACCUGAGAACAAAAUUGAGUUUCUGCAGUUGGUCCCAUGAUGAGAAGUGAGUACCAGUGCUUUACUCAGCCAAAGCUAGAUGCAUCUCUAGCAACUGGCAGUGACUGCUAAUACAUUUCUAUUUCUAUAGCAACCCUUAGCCAUUACAGCUUCAUAGCUGAGAUAAUCGUUUAUUGCUCAUUUAGCCAGAAUUUCAAUUAUAACUCUGGAACUAAUGCUUACCUUGAUCUGUUUAAGUUUUAUGGCCUCUUUAGGCACUGUGUUAACUUUAAUAACACAUACAGUGUUGAUAGGACUAAGCAUGCCAAUGGUUCAUUCUCGUUUAACUUGUAUGAGUUGUUUACAGGGUUGUUAAAAGAUUUCGAGUUUCACAGUACCGAAUGGAAUUUCUGUUGAUAGGACUUACAUGCAUUGUCUGGGAAGUUUUUCAACCAUUUGAUCCAACUUUUAACUGGUAGCAACUGCUUGCUUGCAUUCGGUCUAUCUUUUAUACAGGGCUUAGUUGAUUGUUUGUUGAUUAUGUAAUGUAUCAUGUUUUCUCUUUUCUGGAUUCGCUCCCCCUGUUAUUUACAUUGACCUCCCACAAGGGCAUUCUAC